AUGGCAAAUGUUACGCCCUCAAUGGCAUCUGUUCAGCUCUCGAUGGCAACUGUUACGCCCUCAAUGGCAAGUUUUGCUCUCGAUGACGAAUGGUCGUCCUCGAUAGCAAAUGGUGUUGAUGGCAAUAGGUCACCAGGUUUGACAGAAGAAGUGACUUCUUGCAGAGUAUCUUUGGAAUCAACAACCUGCUCGCCUCCUGCUUUCACCAAAAGCACAGAAGAGACCAGUUUAGGCUUGGGUGGAUUUUUCACAACAUCACUGAAAAAUAUCGCUAAGUUAUUCUUCACCGAAAGGAAAAAUUGGAGGUGCAAAGGUUGUACCAUAAAGUGCAAGUCGACACCUAAUACUCCAGCGACUGACGUUAUAGUGCUUCGUCAUGAAGUAGAAUGCCUCAAUCGUGAGAAAGAGUUACUAUUGAACCUUAACAGUGAAUUAAAAUGCAACAAUGAGCUCCUCAAGGAAAAAUUAUCAUCCUACGCUGCAAAAACAAGGGGACCAUUUCUUAACCAGGCAAACACAGGUACUGUUUCUUGUAGCACAGCCAAAAAAAGUCAAAAUAAACACAUACUAUCAUCAGCUGGGAUUAUUGUUAAAUCGAACAAUAACUCGAUAUCUAAUACUGACGUGUUGAAUGAUAUUAAAAAUAAUAUUAACCCCAAGGAUCUUCAACUGUGUUUAAGUGGUAUCAAGAAAAUUCGCAAUGGUGUAGUUAUUUGCUGCGAUGAUGACAAAUCGUUGGGAAAACUAAAGGAACAUGUUUCUAACAAAUUAGGAAGGAAAUAUGAAGUUAGUAAUACUAAGCUGUAUAAUCCCCGAAUUAUGGUUAAAAAUAUUCAGAUUCCUGAAAACUCCAGUGUCGCUGACAUUAUUGACAAUAUUUCAUCUAUUAAUGACCUUCAAGAUCUAGAAAAUCGUGAAAUUAAAUUUGUAACGAAAUUAAACUACCCUAACGCUACACAUUUGGUACUUGAGGUGUCACCUGAGGUUUUGGCAACUCUAAGAUUUUAUGCUUGUGGCAGCCAUCAGGAGAUCACUGGCUCCAACCAUUUUGUUGGGAUUAGCCAGGCAUCGAUGAGUAGAGCAAUAAAGGAGGUAACGGAGGCAUUAAAUCAACCACAAAUUCUUGCAACCAAAAUUUGUGACCCAGAUCUCAAGAUUAUGAAUGUUAAUUGA